GACACACGACCAGGGGGCGGAGCCGAGCCAGGUUUUUCUAGGGUCCCGGCACUGAGUUCCUAGCUGUCUCUGCCCUUAGCUUCUCUGUCUGUGUCGCCAGGUCUACUGCAGCCAAGAUGAUGUGUGGCGCGCCGUCCGCCACGCAGCCGGCCACAGCCGAGACGCAGGAGAUCGCCGACGAGGUGAAAUCCCAACUUGAAGAGAAAGAAAACCGGAAGUUCUCCGUCUUUAAAGCCAUAUCCUUCAGGCGACAGGUGGUGGCUGGCAUUAACUUUUUUAUCAAGGUUGAUGUUGGCGAUGAUAAAUUUGUGCACCUGAGAGUGUUCAAAGCCCUCCCUCAUGAAAACAAGCCCCUGACCUUGUCUUCCUACCAGACCAACAAGGAGCAACAUGACGAGCUGAGCUUCUUCUGACUCUGCACAGUCCCUUUGCCAAAUACUUUAUUUUUUAUUCAGUGGUUGGGACCACGAAGUAGAUACCCCUCUGAAUGGGGAGGAUGGAGUUAGGCAGCUUCUUCUGUGAUUCCCAAACUGCAUUGUGUUUUGUUCUCUUCCAAAUAAUUAUUUUCAGAAAGCUAUAUAUGAUCUCUCUCUAAAUAUAUAUAUAUAUAUUUUAGAGUCUAAACAAACUGUCUCCUUUGUUUAGAAUUUUCCCUUUGUUUAAAAGUCACAGUCACUGCCAAGCGGUGGUGGCACACACCUUUAGUCCCAGCAAUUGGGAGGCAGAGGCGGGUGAAUCUCUGAGCUUGAGGCUAGCUUGGUCUACAGAGCAAGUUCUAAGACAGUCAGGGCUAUACAGAGAAACUGUCUCGAAAAACUAAAACAAACAAAAAUCACAGUCACAACAUAUAUAUGCCAAUAAAAGUUAAGUAAUUGUUAUUUA